CCGCGGACUGACAAGAUAUGUCAGUGUUUGGUAGUGAAAUCGAUCGGAUUUUGCUCGAGGAAAUCGUCGAGUCGACUGAUCAGCCGGAAACUGACCUGUGCGGGAGCGUCGAGACGGUGGACGACGGCUCGGUGACCACGAGUGUGACGGUCGCCGAAGUCGCUGAUACUCAAGAACGGCAACCACAGCAGCGGCAACAACCGCCGCAAUCAAAAGGUAACGUCGGGGUUGGUCGGCGGGUUGCUAAUCAGAACGUUGCGUUGAGCAACGGAAACGGUAUCAGCAACGUUGGCCGUGUUGCGUCGCGCAGCCACAUGGAGCAAGAGAAGCGAAUGCGGCGAGAAAUCGCCAACAGCAACGAACGACGUCGCAUGCAGAGUAUCAAUGCCGGAUUCCAAUCGCUGAGGACGUUGUUACCGCAUCACGAGGGCGAAAAGCUGUCUAAGGCUGCGAUACUCCAACAGACUGCCGAAUACAUAUACCAAUUAGAGCAAGAGAAAACACAACUGCUGUCACAAAAUUGUCAACUAAAACGAUUGGUAAAUCAACACGAAGGUGGCGAUGUACCUAUCAAGAAACGCAAACCCGAUACACAAGGUGUUGUCGUUAGUCUACCAAUGCACGUUAGCGAGAGCGGUGACGAGGGCUUAGGUAGCAUGUCCCCCGAGCCGUUGUCGGUAAUCACAGUGACCACAGAGGGACAUUCCGUUGUGAACAGCGAUGUGGUGGAGCUUAAGCGACAGCUAGAUAGGGAGCGUCAGGCGAGACUGCAUUUAGAGAAACAAAUGAGAGCAAUUCAGAACCAGGUGUAUCCAGAGAGAUUCCGAGACAAUCAGCUAAUCGCUUAUCAGCCCCACGAGGUGAUUGAGCAUACAGACAACGUUAUGGCACAGGAAACAGAAGAGGCGGUAGCCACGCUUCAGGUGGUAUCGGUCAUGUCUUUGCCGCCGGUAGGCUCCACUCAAACUGUAGAGACAUCCAGUCCGGAUCCAAGCUCGCCGCCUUUGUCGCCGCAGCCGGCUGAAAUGGUGUCGGAAGAAAUCAAAGAGGAAGAGUCACGCGCGAGUACCCCCAAGAUUGUCGCCUUCGCCCAGAAUCAGGUGUUCACGGCGAUGGAGGAGCCAACUACCGCGGAUUCGUUCUCGUCGUCGAGUCGCGUCACGUACGCUACUUCAUCCUCCGCAGAUUUCAAGACUGGCUCGCCUCAGUACAUCACCGCGAGUCCCAGCAGGCCCUUUUCACCGGUUACUGAACCACGGCUACCCAGUGUUUUAGAAGCCGCGAUGAAAGCUGAACCCAAAGUUGAGGUGGAGAGGUUGCCUUCGCCAUCAAGCUCCCUAGACGAUGGUACGUCGCAGGCAAGGUUAUACAUCGCGAAUACGUCUCGACAGAAUCUGGAAACAAUCGUCGAGGCGAUACGUCAUCUGGAGGGUGACCAUUUAUUCAGCGAUGAACCAGCGCAGGAUGUGCCAUUGGCACUGACCAACAAGCAACAACAACAACAACAACAACAGCAACAGGCGACGGCGAACUCAACGUCAACGAAAUCUGCGACCACUACGUCCGCCUCUUCACCCUCGACGACGUCUGCCACGGCAGCAUCCGCGAAACAACGGAUACUGCACGCCGAUCGUUUCCUCCAAUUUCAUACGCAACAGCAGACCCAGCAGCGACCCGGCGUGAUCGUGGUGAAGCAUUCGUGAUCCAAUAACACCCCGCACUCCGUACACUGAACUACACAUUCAGAACGACGAUAUUCUCACCUCCAUCGCGCGAAAUCAUCGUGGUUUAUCAUUCGAAAAUGAGGAAUCCCUUUCAACCGAUUCAAGAAAACGUUCGCAGAAACAGGAGAAGUGGUAGCGAUUAUCACGAUCAAGAAUCACGUGUAUACUUCGCGCUGAAGAACUAGGAGAUAUAUUGCGAGAUGUACGAAGAGAUAAAUUUUAUGUAUGUUCCUAUUAAGCGCUUCGUUCGUCUUCGCCUCGACAAGGCCGCUAAGAAGGAUUAAUAAUGCAUGCGAUUGAAAGAUUUUUAGAUAGGAAGGACAAAGUGAUUUUAAAUCGCGGAUAUAGUUUAUAGGUGAAGGUCGAAUCACGUUCGAAGUUUGACGAAAGGAUCCUCAUUGCCGAGUUGUCAAAACGAAACGACAUUAUCGCGCUUUAUCUCAUGUAAAUAUUAACGAUUCCUCCUGAUCAUUUCCGACGAUCGCCACGGGAUAGCUUUGAAUCUCGAAGAGUCCUUCUCCCCUCUCUCCUCCCCCUCCUUCCCUCCUCUGGAGAAAAGUUCUCUUCUCUCGCGAGAAAAUCACGAGGCCCGAAGUAGACGUUUCUCCUUCCGUUUUAAUGGAUAGAACAUUUUUAAACUUAAGCGAGUAACUACCACGGUAAUAUUUCUAGCGCGUAAGGUUGCGUACGCUGUAUGAUAUACAUAUAUACAAUAUUACAUACAUAUAUUAUUUGUAAAGAGUA